GCUUCGACUACGUAGUUUUUAAAAUACAGUCGAUUAUUUAGAUGAUUUGCGGACAUUUUUAACCAAUUCUUACGCUAAUAACGGUGGAAAUGUUCGACUUACGAAAGCGUCUGGAAGAUGCAAGUAUUUCAUGCAAUCCACGCGAGCAUUCUGUCGACGAACAAAACAAAGUUGGACGAGACGCCGAGGAAGCCUUCGCUUCGACUUUGUUACGGAACGGGCAUUCGUCCAAGACGAUAUUUUAUGGAUUGCGCGUACCAGACGAAUACCAGGCGAGGAAAAGGGAGAUAGAUCUCGUCUUACUUCAUGAAACUGGGUUAUACAUCUUGGAGAUUAAGAAUUGGUCUGGCAAAGUACGUUUGAGUCGGGACGGUAGAUCAUGGAUUCAAUCGAAAUACAAUGGCUCUGAUUCGGUCAUGGUCACAUAUGAAAUCGAGCACGAGAACGCUUUGUUUAGUCUUAAGAGAAAAGCCAAGCUUCUGAGAGAUCAUUUAUUCCGUUGCGAUGUGCGAAUUCGUGACGAUUUUUUGCAGCCGAGAGUAAUUUUUGUGAACGAGAAGUUGCAUGUUGAUAAGGGGAUUAGCGAAGAGCCACAGGUGGUCACUCCUGACAAGUGCUCGCAAUUCAUCGAAAGCUUUCAACGAGGUUAUGUCGGCUCAAUCGUAGACUCUAUCAUCCCAUGUUAUUUUACGGGUCGACUUUCUAACACUACGUUGAGUCUUGCCAGCCAGGCAUUGAGCAGCAUAGGGACAUGGGAUGUUGUCCAUUUGAAUGGUGGCAAAAAGUUAUAUGGGGACUUCAAGGGAUGCCCCUAUUUUUCUGUGGAUCGCAAGCAAACUGACUGUCUUGAACUGACACACAGCAGAAGUCGUGUAAUGACUAUGACCUGGGCUAUAUUGGGUUACAGUCCAUCGGCUGUGGUAUCGUUUCGGCAGAGGGGUAGUACCGGUUGGUUAUGGAAUAGCUACAGGGCCGUCAUCCACAUCCCAUAUGAUACAGAGUUUGUAUUUCGUAUUUGCGGCGAUGAUGUGGAUUCAAAGAUCAUCGCCAAUGAUGUUGAAAGGAUUUCGCUUAGUAUAUAAGCCUAAUGAGGAAAGAUUUUGGGGCCUGGAAAUACUCUCAACAUAUCACCUAACUCUUUCUUUAUGACCAGUAAAUCUAGACAAAGUUAACCUACCUGUAAGAAAAGCCAUUUACCAGGCUGUUCUAGUGUCCAGUAACAUUUAUGGUGAUGGUUCCACCAGUUAUGACUUCAGCCUAUAUUUUUAUCGAAACUAAAUGUAAAUAAGAAAAGAAGUAUAUAUUGAUAUCAGAGAGUUAUUAGUCAUGUAAACAUUGUAAAUAAAAUUUCUA